GUAAACAUAUAAAUCUGCUGAUCUGUGUCCAUGGAUGUAGUACCCUUCACGUCGAUGAUCCGCAAAUAAUUCAAAACAAGUUUUGAAAAUGGAGGUGCAUGAUGUGAUAAUAAUCCUCCAGCGAGAUCAAAACAAGCGCGCUCCUGAUCUGGAAUCCUACGAUUUGAUAUGCCGCGUGUGUCUGGACCCUUGCAAACUCGACGAGAAGAAAAAGUGCCGGAAUAUUCACGAAGAGGAGGCGCAACUCGUCAUCAGAUCAUUGAUAGAAGUCUACACUUAUGUGAAGAUUCCGGAAUUUCCGGAUAAUUUACCACAGAAUAUUUGUCAUCGAUGUUUGGAUUUCUUGAUAAAUGUACAUACUUUCCGAAGUCGAUGCAGAUUAAAUGAAGAUUUACUCCUGAAAGUCCGUCAAAGGACUUUGGAUAAAACUUCGUUUGAAAAAGGAAUAACUACUGGCAGUAAAGAUCCAGAAGAUAGUUUAUUCCCUGAUCAAACACAAAAGUUGAUAAAUAAGAUAAAUGAUGAACGAAUGAAUAUUUUCCGAUGUAAAGAUUGUCAUUUAAUGUACGAUACGAAGAAGGACCUCAACAAACAUCGUUCUGAAGUGAAACAUUCUCGUAGACCUGCCAGUCAGUGUCCACACUGUGGAAAAAUGUUUAAUACUUCUGCUCUGGUGCAUCAUCUACGUGUGCAUACGAAAGAGAAGCCAUUUUGUUGUGAAACAUGCCAUGCGUCGUUUGCAAUCAAAGCAAAUCUACGGCGACACAUGAAAAGCCAUCAAAAUGAACGCGCUUACACUUGUGAAGUGUGUGGAAAAUCAUUUGUACGCUCAGAAUCACUAACAACACAUUUAAAAGUUCAUGAAACGAAAAAAGAAAAAGAUGAAGCGAAUGAUAACGAUUCACUUACCUCAAAGAAACAAUUUUCAUGCACGCAGUGUGAUAAGUCAUACUCGACUAACGAACAGCUUAAAAUUCACAAACGUUACCAUCUACAGACGUUUUUAUGCCCGGAAUGCGGAAAAGUAUUCUCGACAAAAGCGAAUUUGAUUACUCAUCGACGCGUACAUACCGGUGAGCGGCCAUUUGUCUGCACAGUAUGCAACAAAGGAUUCACCCAAUCGUCGUCGUUGCGCACACAUCAAGUCAUCCACAGUGGUAGUAAAGAUUAUCAAUGUAAAGUCUGUUAUCGUCGAUUCGGGGUGCGUGGUAAUUUAAUCGCGCAUGAGCGUACACAUACAGGAAACACACCGCAUCGCUGCACGAUUUGUAAUAAAGGUUUCUGCACGUCAAGCACGUUACGUAAGCACAUGCGCAAACAUGAAAACACGAACGCAAACGAAUCACAGGAAGUAGAAUACGAGCAGGACGAUGCCCAAGAAAACCAAAAUGACGAAGCAGAUUAUGUUCACAUCAAACAAGAUGAACAAGACGAAGAAAUAGUCUUCGAAGAAUACGAACAAGAUAUAACUGGUGAAUAUGUCGAUGAAAUUGAAGUAAUCUACGAUGGAACAGAAGAGAUAGAAACACAAGAAGUGAUUUAUGAAGAUGAAUAUACAGAUGAGCAACAAAAUGGCGGCGAGGAUGACAUGUACAUCACCGCUGACGAUGCACUCAUCCAAUAAUCGUAAGCAUAAUCAUAACAUGAAACUUUACUGCAUUUAUUGAUUGAUAUUGAAAUGAAUACGUGUGGAUAUAAAUAAUGUGACAUGAUUAGAUAA